AUGGGAGGCCAGGAACUUAUUACCGCGUCAGUGGGUGUGAUCCCGCAGGAGGAAGCGUCACCGAACAAUAUCACAAAGUUUCACGUCCUAUAAAGCUGCUCUCUAUACCACGGACGGUUCCUGUCGCCGGUUGGUCGACUCAAACUGUACAGCUGCAGUAAAACAUCGGUUCACACCUGUGGCAGAGAAUGGCAGACAAAACUCUGGAUCGUGGGCCAUGGACAGGAUGUGCGGUCAUGUUUCUGCAGUCGCUCUCACCUGGUGUGAACCUGCUCUCUCUCUACAAAGACCGGCAGGAAGAAAAGUUCAUUGUUUUCAAAGUCAUCAAACUGACUCUCAUAGAUUCUGCCGGAGGUCUGGGUGGUUUUGAGUUACUUAAGAUCCACGAUGCUGAUCCCUUUCUGGGUGUGGAGGUGAAGUUUGUGGAUGUGGAAGCAUGUCGGCAGUUCCUCGAGAGCUACAGCUCUGGAGCGGUGCGUCAGUCCCUCUCCCAACACGCCUGCCGGCUUCUUACUCUCCCCCAAGAGCUCACGGUGGAAACCCAGCUCAAGGCCAGCACACACAUCCUGGAUCUCUAUCUGGACAAGCUGGAACUUUGCCUACAGCACAUCCACCUGUCACAGCCGGAGCGCCUCCGCGAUGAGGAGAUUGAUGAUCUGGAGCAGAAGCUGCAGACCCAGGCUCUCCGUCCUGCCCCACAGUCGACUACCAUCACACAGGAGGAGUCUACUGUCCCCAGCAACUGCUUCAGGUUUCAGAACAGAGUGUUUGAGGACCGAAUGCUGACACAGGCAGAUGUUCAGAGCUUUUCCAACGGAGUGGGCCGUCAGUGGAAACAUGUAGGGAGGGCCCUGGGGAAGAGCUGCCGGGCGUUGAAGGGUCCGGCCAUAGACAACCUGGCCUACGAGUACGAGAGAGAAGGGCUGUAUGAGCAAGCCUAUCAGCUGCUCAGCCGCUUCAUCCAGGCGGAGGGGAGAGCAGCCAAGCUGAGCCGGCUGGUCAAAGCACUGGAGGACUGCAAACUCACCAGCCUGGCUGAAAAUAUUCUGGACAUACAGCCACGAGAGUAACUCAGUGUGCUUCUGUUCUGCAUACGAGUCGUGAA